CUCACUAAAAUAAAUUAUUCCCAGUCACAAUGACAAAGUUAUUUCUUGUAUUUUGUACUAUUUGUAUAUUUAGUGUAAAUUGUACAACUAAGAAUAUUCUUGUUCUCGAGGGCGUAGCAUCGCCGAGCCAUCAUAUUUUUCUUGGAACCCUAAAUAGAGCUCUCGCAGCCAGAGGCUACAACGUAACAUCACUAUGUGCUGAAGAUGAGAAAAACUCCGAGAAUCUAACAUACCUACCAUUGGAUCAGGUGUAUCAGGUGAUGUACAAUGCAUCAAAUCCGGAAUUUGAUAUGCAAAUUGACUUCUUUGAAAUGGGCGAUAAGAGUCCCCUUGAGCAAUACAUGGAGGCUGAUUUGUUCUACAAGAUGACCUUAGCUGGGAUUUUCCAAUCCAAAGGGUAUCAACAACUCAAAAACUACCCCAAAGAUUUCAAAUUUGACCUGAUAAUCAAUGAUCAUUUAAUGGGACCAAUGCUCCUACCCUUUGUCCAUCAUUUCAACUACCCCCCACUCAUUGGGAUGACGGCCUUACAUUCAGCCUCAACAGGAUACAGCAUCCUCGGCUCAACGUUCUAUCCUUCCUUCCUGACUGUUAGUUAUUUCGACAUUGACAUCAGUACAUUCUUCGGGAGAAUCUACAAUUUCCUCCUUACUCACUUUGAAUGGGUAUUCAUGAAGUACUACAUUACACCUGAAUUGGAUAAAAUGAUUCGUCCAGAAUUCCCCGAUAGUCCCUACUUGGAUGACCUAAUGCCCCUUCAUAAGAUAAUUAUGAACAAUAAACAUCCAGCCGUUGAUGUCUCAGAACCUACCCUACCUGGCUUAAUUUCCAUCGGUGGCAUGCAAAUUCAACAACCUAAACCACUUCCGGCAGACUUACAAGACAUCCUAGAUGGAGCAGAAAGUGGAGUUAUUCUCUUCUCACUUGGAUCCAAUAUACAAAGCAGUGAACUAGGAGAAAAGCGACUUAGGGAGAUUCUUGAAACUUUACGUCAAUUACCAAAGUACACGAUUGUGUGGAAAUUCGAAGCAGAAGAUUUCCCAUUUGAGAUCCCCAAGAAUGUUAUUAUUCGCCCGUGGUUGCCACAGAGUGAUAUCCUUGCUCAUAAGAACACAAUCCUUUUCAUUACCCACGGAGGUCUCCUAAGUACCCAGGAAGCAACUUGGUAUGGAGUUCCUCUGUUAAAUUUACCAAUUUUUGCUGAUCAAGCGAAUAAUGCCAGAAUUUCCAAGGCAGCAGGUGUAGGGGAGAUUUACAAUAUCCGAACGGUUGAAAGGAAGUCCUUCCUGGAAGCUAUUCUGAAUGUUCUUGAGGAUCCUGAAUAUCGCAAAAAUUCACAAAUUCGCUCGAAAAACUUCCAGGAUCAACCCCAAAUGCCUCUAGAUCGGGCAAUUUGGUGGAUUGAGUGGAUCCUGCGGAAUCCUGAUGUGUCUCACCUACGAUCCCCCUCAUUGGAUAUCAACAUCCCCCAGAGGCACUCAAUGGACAUCAUUGCCUUCCUAACUGUGGCGUGUUUUCUGUGGGUGCUACUGACCCUGUGGAUGACUAGGAAAGUUUGGCGUUGGAUGCGAAAGCCAAAGAAGACGAAGAAGGAGUAAAUUGUCGUAAAAGUUUUCAAUUAAAACUUUCCCCAGAGGAA